AUGCAACUAUCACUGUUUGGAAACUCUAUGUUGAGACGUGGUUGGAACAAUCUACCUCAUUUGGUUCAUCAAGUGGCUGUAGUACAACAACUUCAACAACGACAACAACGACAAGGACAAAAUUGCCAGACACUUCUUUCUCAAUGUACAUCACAGACUACACCACGUAGUCUUCAGACUCUCUCUUUUCAACGUUGUCUCUUGACAACACAAAGAAAUCACUAUACAUCAUUGGUCUCUACCACUGGCAACUCAUCAUCAGUUGUAUCCACACCCACAGCGACUGCUUCUGCAACUGAUGACAACUUCAAUCUUCAACAUCAUCUUGCGCCACUCAAACUGCCAGUCUAUCGACUUGAGGUUCGCAAAGCAUUCAACACACUGACAGGUCGUCAGCGACUCUAUGCUCACUACUACUCACAAGCUGCAUGGUGGGGAAGUCUAAUAUGUCUUGGUCAAACAUCAGUUGAGAGUCUGAAUAUAUUUAGACUGCUCCUUCAUCUAUUCACAUAUUAUACGCCAGAGUCACUACGUAAAGCAACUGUUGAAGAUGGUAUUGUUACCAAUCAGGAGUAUGAAGACCUACUCCAAUACUCUGCACAGUUCUUUGGAAACAUAGGCAACUACCUCAGCUUUGGUGAUUCAAAGUUCAUCCCACGCAUUCCAAAGGAUAGACUACACUCAAUCAUAAAGUUCACAAAGCGCGAAGAUUUGUUGGAGAUGUGGAAUAGUUGUGGCGACUUGAUGUACUCACUGGAACCUCGACAGAGAGAGUUGGGACUGGAGGAACAAGGUUUGUCGACAUACUACUCACCCGACAUCAAACGAUCAGAGAUUGACAUUGUCCAAGAGUACUUGGACUCCAAGUCAAUAUCUGGUUACAACACAAGACUAUUCAAGAAGAAGUUGUUGGUUAACAACAAGUCAUCGUCAAAAACAACAGUCUACCAAGUGUUGGUGGCAUCUGCAGACAAGCCAUCUCCUACAGCGCCAGUGCACUUUAAAGGAUUGGACAUACAAUUGGUGUAUGGCGACUGGAAUCAUGUGAUGAAAAAGGUUAUCGAUAACCUUCAAGAGGCCAGGUCACAUGUGGCCAAUGACAUUCAACUAGAGAUGACCGACAAGUACAUUGAAUCAUUCAAAACUGGAAGCAUCGAUGCACACAAGGACUCUCAGCGAUGGUGGGUCAAGGACAUCUCGCCCGUGAUCGAGACCAACAUUGGAUUCAUCGAGUCAUAUCGCGAUCCAUAUGGAGUACGUGGCGAGUUUGAAGGCUUUGUCUCGAUCGUCAACAAGGAGUUGUCCAAAAAGUUGAGCGCAAUGAUUGAUCGCGCUGAACAGUUCAUCAGUCUCUUGCCAUGGCCUCGCGCAUUUGAAAAGGAGGAGUUCAAGCGACCAGACUUUACAUCGCUCGAGGUGCUCACAUUCGCAAGCUCAGGCGUGCCUGGCGGCAUCAACAUUCCCAACUACGACGACAUCCGACAGAAUGAAGGUUUCAAGAAUGUGAGCCUGGGCAAUGUGAUCCCAGCUCGCAAGGAUGAGCGAGUGACAUUCAUCAGUGACAGCGAUCAAUCACUUUACAACAAAGCAUACAUCGAUGCAUUUGAGAUACAGGUAGCCAUCCACGAGCUGUUUGGUCAUGGCACGGGCAAGCUGCUGACGCGCAACGAGAAUGGACAACUCAACUUUGAUCCAAGCGUCACUUUGAACCCCCUGGUCGCCAACAGACCCGUGGACCCGCGCACAGAUGUCUACCUGGCAGGCGAGACCUAUGACUCCAAGUUCAAAUCACUGGGCAGCGCAAUGGAGGAGUGUCGUGCCGAGUGCGUUGGCAUAUACCUAUGCGUCAAUCGCGACCUACUGUCAUUGUUUGGACACGUCGAUCAUCAAAAGGCAUUGGACGUCAUAUAUAUCAACUGGUUGAGUAUGGCCAGAGCUGGAGUGUGUGCAUUGGAGUUCUACUCGCCAUCGUCCAAGUCAUUCAAACAGGCACACAUGCAUGCCAGGUUUGCCAUUCUACAAGUGUUACUUCGCGCUGGCAAUGGAUUGAUCACAUUGGACACAUCAUCAAACAAUGACAUCAUACUAAAGUUGGAUAGAAACAAGAUUGAAUCAGUUGGAGUACCUGCCAUUGGAGCAUUCCUCACCAAGCUAAUGGUAUUGAAAUCAACUGGCAAUGUAUCCGAAGCAACCAAGUUGUUUGAAGAGUAUACUAAUGUAUCUGAUGAAUAUUUGGCACUGAGAGACAUUGUGAUGGAGAAGAAGGUACCUCGCAAGGUGUUUGUUCAAGCUCACACGUUUGUCAAUGUGUUUGGAAGUGUCGACAUGCUAGAGUUUGAAGACAACUGCUCAGGAAUGAUCGAGUCAAUGACUACAAGGUUCAGCAGUUUCUAUGCUAAUACCUUCCCAUGGUCCUCUACUGGUCAGCUAUUGGAUGCAAUCCAGGAAGAUCAAAGAAGCACUACUCCAAUCAAUUAA